GGAAAGCUGUCGUAUAGACAAAUAAGAAAAAUAUGAACACUUACACUUUGCACUGAACCAGAAAUGUUAGUGUACAUGAUAUGUAGAUGUAGAUGUUGACAUAUUAUUCACCUCAUAGAGUACACGUACUACAUCCAUGAGUACAUCCUCAUCACUAACUUGAAGAUGAGCUGGGUGGAGGCUCAGGGCUAUUGCAGAGCAGAGUACGGGGACCUGGCCACCAUAUCUAGUGAGAACACCAACAGCAGAAUCCACAACAUGACAAAGGACUUGGACGCUGCCUUCUGGAUCGGUCUGUACGACGAUGUCAACAGCUGGAACUGGUCUCUGGUGGGUGAGCAGUUCUACGACGGAGUGAGGACGGACUUCAGGCAGUGGCAGGCAGGUCAGCCGGACAAUGCAGGGUCAGUGGAGCACUGUGCCUCCAUGACGGAGGACGGCCUCUGGAGGGACUACAGCUGCACGCUCGUCAAAAGGCCUCUCAUUUGUUUCAGAGAUAAAGCAGAUGAUCAGUAUGUGCUGGUGACUGAGACAAAGACUUGGUUCGAGGCUCAGAGCUACUGCAGGCAGCACUACACAGAUCUGGUCAGCGUGAGGAGCCCGGCUGAGAAUGAGGAGUUGACGAGCAGGCUGCAGGGAAACGCAGCCGUGCAGGAGGCCUGGAUCGGCCUGCGCAGAGACGCCUGGAAGUGGUCGGAUGGCAGCAGCUCCUCGUUCAGGUGGUGGUGCGGGUCCCAGCCCGAUAACGAAAACAACACUCAGGCUUGUGUUAAUAUGCAAAGAGGGAGAUGGAACGACUCGAAAUGCGAGACCAGUUUCAACUUCCUCUGCCAAAGAAUAACUGAAGUGACCCCAGCUCCUCUGACUGAAUACACCACCAUCAAACACGGUCCUCUGAGAAGGACUACAGUGAAGAUGAGGAUUCUGACUGAUGCUAACCUCAAAGAUCCAACCACCAGACAGCCACUCUUACAGCAGUUGGAGGCAGAGCUGAACAUACAGGGCUCAGUUAAUGUCAGGCUGCUGAGUUUAAGGACAGAGCCACAGCCACAAAACAGAGGUAACGUGGCACCGAGAGGAAUAGCUAUACUGUCCGAAAAUUCACCUUCUGGAGUUUCACCACCUGAUCCAUAUCUGGCCCUCGAUGAAAACCUUAUGCCAAGUACAUUUGAAGAAACCUGCACCUCACUCCCACAACAAGACGACCCCUGGUGGCAGGUGGACUUGAUGAGUAUCUACCACAUAACUGCUGUGUCUGUCGUCAGCAUUGGAGACUGCUGCCCAGAGCAGCUGAAUGGUGCUGAGAUUCGCAUCGGCCUCAAGAAUGACACCAGCAACCACAGGUGUGGCAUCAUCACUGUUGUAGCAGGACAACGCAGCUACAAAUUCCAGUGUGAAAUAAAGGCGGGCCGCUUUGUUCACGUUAUCCUUCCCGGACAAGCAAAGACUCUGACUGUUUGUGAAGUGCAGGUGUAUGGUACUAUUCUUGAAAAUGUGGCUUUGAGAGGAGUGGCUUUUCAAUCCUCCUUAAGAUGGAAAACUGCAGGUAAAGCCAGCAGUGUAAUUGACGGUAAUCGGAUCAGCACCUGCAGCAUAACUAAAAACGAACCCAGUCAAUGGGUGAAAGUGGAUCUACUGGCUCCCUACAAUGUGACACUGAUCCAGCUUUCCUUCAGUGAGAACAGCUAUGGUGAUGAGGUCUGGGUGGACGACACAAGGUAA